UCUGCUCUUCAGUGUGAUUUACAGUGAGUUGUAUGGGAGAUGCACAGCCUGCAGUGGGCUCGGAGCUUAUUGGAUGUCUGGUGGUGAUUGCUUAAGCGAAGGGGCGCAGGCACUGGAAAUGCACCGCUCCUGCGCGAAUGAUUUACGCUUUUGGAUAUCCAACAGUUAGAAAUUAACGAAGGCUUUAAAGUGCGACCGGAGUAUACUGAGGAAACUGGGUAAAAGGUACCAGAUGAGUGCUGUGUAGAAACAGGAGGGGGCUCCGUGUAGGAGUGCUGCACUGGUUUUGAGCGCAAUUCGUGGCCCUCCAGGCGCUGUGUUGUCUGUAAGUGGGCAGGUGGGCGGCUUUCAACUGUGUUUACAGAGGUUCAUCAUCUCCAGCUUAAGAAUUAGAAAACAUGACUGUGGCCAAUGCAAAGUCAGGUUCAGCCAUGCAGCAGGUGCUGGACAACCUUAAAGACCUUCCCUCAGGCACAGGAGCCAAAGAUAUUGACCUCAUCUUCCUCAGAGGCAUCAUGGAGAGCCCUAUCGUUCGCUCUCUUGCCAAGGCCCAUGAGCGUCUUGAGGAAGUUAAGUUGCAGGCAGUCCGUGAUAACAAUGUCCAGCUGGUCACAGAGAUCCUCGACUCCCUCAGCAUCGUUGCAGAAAAAGAUGGUACGGCUGCGGAGCUCGCCAAAAUCCUUCGGGAACCUCACUUUCAGUCUUUGAUCGAGGCUCAUGACAAAGUGGCUGCUAAAUGCUUCGAGGUGCCCCACACUGCAGCGCACAGCAAUGCCUUGUUGACUAGUUCGCUCAUGCCCGCUGAUGCAGUCAGGAUGAUUGGCAUCCAGAAGAAAGCUGGGGAACCACUGGGGGUGACGUUCCGGGUUGAGCGGGGAGAGCUGGUGAUUGCACGGAUCCUUCAUGGCAGCUCGAUUGACAGGCAGGGCAUGCUGCACACAGGAGACAUAAUCCGGGAGGUGAACGGUCGUGAGGUUGGGAGCAACCCCCAUGAACUCCAGGAGCUACUGAGGGACUGCAAUGGAAGCAUCACACUCAAAGUCCUUCCUAGCUACAGAGACAGGCCAGCAACUCCACAGGUUUACCUGAAGCCACACUUCAACUAUAAUCCGACCACAGACAACUUGAUCCCCUGUAAGGAGGCAGGCCUGGCCUUCUCUAAGGGUGACAUCCUUCAUGUAGUCAACAAGGAAGACCCCAACUGGUGGCAGGCAUGCAAAGUCGUUGGUGGAGCCACUGGCCUGAUUCCCAGUCAGUUCUUGGAGGAGAAGAGGAAAGCAUUUGUGAGGAGAGACUGGGAUACCUCUGGCAUGCUCUGUGGGACUAUAAGUGCAAAGAAAAAGAAGAAGAAAAUGAUGUACCUCACUGCAAAGAAUGCAGAAUUUGACCGUUGCGAGCUGCAGAUCUAUGAGGAGGUGGCCAGGAUGCCGCCAUUCCAGAGGAAAACGCUGGUUCUGAUUGGAGCACAGGGAGUGGGCAGGCGGAGCCUGAAGAACAGACUCAUUGUCAUCAACCCUCUACGAUAUGGAACCACUGUCCCCUUCACCUCACGGCGUCCAAGGGAGGAGGAGAGGGACGGCCAGUCCUAUUGUUUUGUGACACGAGCAGAGAUGGAAAAGGACAUCAAGGACAGCCGUUACCUGGAGCAUGGCGAGUACGAUGGUAACCUUUAUGGCACCAAGAUCGACUCCAUCCAUGAAGUGGUGGAGACGGGCCGCACCUGCAUCCUGGAUGUCAACCCUCAGGCCCUCAAAGUGUUGAAAACUGCUGAGUUUAUGCCAUUUGUGGUGUUUAUUGCUGCUCCUGAACUGGACACAUUAAGAGCUAUGCACAAAGCUGUGGUGGAUGCUGGACUUACCACCAAACUGCUCACAGAGCACGAUCUGAAGAAGACUGUAGAUGAGAGUGCCAGAAUCCGCCGGGCUUACAGCCACUACUUUGACCUGACCAUUGUCAAUGACAAUCUGGACAAAGCCUUUGACAAGCUGCAGGAGGCAGUGGAGCGGCUAACUGUAGAGCCCCAGUGGGUUCCAGUCAGCUGGGUCUACUGAUACUCUGCCCCCUACUGGAGAGACACCGCUGUCCGAGCUGCUAGGCCUGGGAAGGGAGGGGACCACCCAUAGGGCUGGGAGAUGAACACUGUACUACACACAAAGAAGAGUGUUGGACAUUAGCCCUGUGUGAAUUUGGCUCUCACACCAAGAUGCAUCAGUCACCUUGCUCUGAGUCGCUAGAUACCCUUCUGCACACUAUGCAACACACAGGAAGUGUACUUAUUUAUUGGCAAUUUUUUUUUUUUUUUUUUUUUCGGUGAACCAUGUUUCUAUACAAAUUUAUUUGGGAAAAAUUACUGACCAUUUUGUGAGGAUGUUUUAAAAAGUUUUCAUGCCAUUGUCAUUGACCAUUAUUUUAAAUUUCACAUCAGUAUGUAAGAUAGGUAAAACGUAUUUAUUCAGGAAAGAUGAUGAGGGCUUGCUUUAUGAAAGGAGAAUACCUCAGUUUUACAGUUUACAGUGCAUAUGCCUCCAUUACUUCAUCUCAUUUUGUCACUACAAGUUUAUCAUUCAUGUAGAAUAAUGUGUCAUGUUUUCUUAUAAAAAAAAAAAAAAAAGUCCCACUUUUGUCCUUUAACGUUUCAGUUGUGCACUGGCGUGUUAUUCUCAAGUUGAACCGUGAACCAACGAGGGCAAAAAAUGGAAAUGCCCACAUUACAGAUACAACACUAACCUUCAUCAGGUUAUGCCAGUUGUCUGUGUUGUUGUCACAGGAAGACAAUACUGUUGUUUCCACAACAUUUCUGUCUUUCUUGAGCACAACAGAUUACAUUAAUUAUAUCAGUUGUCAUCAAAAUUUAGGUCAGUAUUUAAUGUAAGUAAAUGUUUAUGACUGUUAGCCCAGUCUAUGGUGCUGUGUUUAUGUUUGUUCGGGAGAAAGAAAAACCUUCCACAGGACUCUUAACAGGGUACUGCAUCUCAGUGAACCAUCCCAUUUGAUGUGAUAUUACUGAAACUUAACUGUUUUUAAGUAAAGGCCAUAUUUACUUAUAAAAGUAUAUUUUACAGUAUUUGAGAAAAGAUGUAUUUUCAAAUGUUGAAUAAAUAACUGGUGUUUUCUAA